AUGUCCACCCAGAGCAGAGCGGCAGCAAGCCACGACGAGUUCAACCGCAACAGCCUCUUCAACAUGAAGGGCCGCGUCGCCCUCGUCACAGGCUCAGAGACUUACGCUCUCCAUUCUCCAGGCGCCGGCACCGGCAUCGGCCUCAUGGCCACGCAGGCCCUCGCCGUCAACGGCGCCAAGGUCUACAUCGCCGGCCGCAGCACGGACAAGCUCGACAACGUCGUCGAGACGUACGGCCGGGACAUCGAGGGCGAGAUCAUCCCGCUGCAGGGCGACGUGACCGACAAGGCCGACGUGGCCAGGCUCGCCGCGGAGCUCGCCCGCCGCGAGGAGUGCCUGUGCAUCCUCGUCAACAACGCCGGCGUCUCGUCGGCCAGCCUGACCACCGAGACCGAGGCGGCCGGACUGCAGGCGGCCGAGGAGCUCAGGCGCAACCUGUUUGACACGGACAAGACGACGCUCGAGGACUGGGUCGACGUGUACAGGACCAACGUGGCGUCCGUCUUCUUCGUGACGACGGCCCUGCUCCCGCUGCUGCAAAAGUCGAGCGAGCGCCACGACGGCUGGUCGGGCACCGUCAUCAACAUCACGUCCAUCUCGGGGCUCAUCAAGUCGGCGCAGCACCACUUCUCGUACAACGCCUCCAAGGGCGCCGCCGUGCAGCUGACGCGCAUGCUGGCCGCCGAGGUGGCCAACAGCGGGCUCAAGGUGCGCAUCAACAGCAUCGCCCCGGGCGUCUUCCCCUCGGAGAUGACCACCAAGGAGGAGAGCGACGAGUACCAGAAGAGCCACAUCCCCAAGGAGAAAUACGCCGACAAGGUGCCCGCCGCCCGCCCCGGCCGCGACGAGGACAUGGCCCAGGCCGUGCUCUUCUUGGCCGCCAACCAGUACCUCAACGGCCAGACGGUGGCGGUCGACGGCGGGUACACGCUGGCGGCGGGCAUGUAG